AUGAACGAGAACUGCGACGAGAAGCCGUGGUACCUCGCCAAGCGGCAGGGGCAGGUGGGCCUGGUGCAGGGCGUGUAUGUGGAGGUGGCUGACGCGGCAGGCGACCCGCUAUUCACGCCGCGCGGCCAACCCGACGCAAAGCCCGUGGGCGCGGCUUCGUCACCGGCCGCCGGCGGAGGUCGCGCGCGAGUGGCCUUCGAGUACCAGGCGCAGCGUGACGACGAACUGGACCUGGUCUUCGAUGAGGUCAUCAUCGUUCAUCAGAGGUCGGAUUCGGGUUGGUGGGAAGGCGAGCUCGUUUCAACAAAGCGACGGGGUCACUUCCCAGCCAACUACGUCGUCGACAUGGCCUAA